UGAUGCAACUUAUACAGAAGAAACUAGUUUUUGUAUGGGUUCUAUUGUUACUCAAGAAAUGAAGGGUAAUGAGUUGAUACAAGCUCAGACUCAUAUCUGGAAGUAUGCGUUCAGUUAUGUAAGUCCCAUGUCUCUCAAAUGUGUUAUUGAAUUAGGUAUACCUGACAUAAUCCACAACCAUGGAAAACCCAUAACUCUCUGUCAUCUUGCCGAUGCUCUCUCUAUACCUCCAACCAAAAGAGAUUCGUUGAAUCGCCUAAUGCGUUUUAUGAUUCAUUCGGGCUUCUUUUCGACAAAAAGGCAUGAUGAGAAUCAAGAAGAGGAAGGAUAUGUGCUGACGCCACCUUCAAGGUUAUUACUAAAAGAUAAUGCCAACACAUCGUCAUCUAUCGUGCUCGCAAUGGUAGAUCCUUUCUUUGUAACGCCUUUCCAUUUCCUAACCGACUGGUUCCAAGGGAGCGGAAACACACCAUGUGAAGCUGCUCAUGGUAGGAGCGUAUGGGAUGUUUUGGAGCAGAAUCAUGAAUUUGGCAAGACGUUCAAUGACGCCAUGGCUAAUGACUCCCAUUUAUUGAUGAAUGUAAUCGUCAAUGAGGGUGAGGGGGUCUUUAAGAAUUUGAAUUCUCUGGUUGAUGUAGGAGGUGGGACAGGAGCCACAACUCAAGCCAUUGUUGAAGUAUACCCACACUUGAAAUGCAUGGUUCUUGAACUCCCGCGUGUGGUGUCAAGCUUGUCAGGUACUAACAACAUAGACUUCAUCAGUGGUGACAUGUUCAAGUCCAUUCCUCAUGCAGAUGCAGUUUUAAUGAAGUUCAUUCUUCAUGAUUGGAGCGAUGGCGACUGCGUCAAAAUACUUAAGAGGUGCAAAGAGGCUAUUCCGUCAAGAGAAGAGGGAGGAAAGGUGAUUAUAAUAGAUGCGGUGAUUGGAGAAGAUGAUACUAAACAAGAGCACGAUUCAAUUACAGAAACCCAACUACUCCUAGACAUGAUGAUGAUGGCUCUAGUUGGAGGCAAAGAGAGAAGUGAGAAAGAAUGGGAAAAGCUUUUCUUAGAGGCAGGGUUUUGUGACUAUAAGAUAACUCCUGUUUCGGGGUUUAGAUCCCUUAUAGAGGUUUAUCCUUAGUCUCUAUUUGUAGCAUGCACUUAUUUGCUUUCUUUAUACAUGUUUUUCUGCGUUUGUGUGUGUAUCUUUAUGUGUUUGCCCUAUGCAAUUUUUACUGUUUUCCCUUCGGAUUGUAAUUCCUUCUCUUGAUAAUUUUUCUCUCAUUAGUUUGAA